AAAAGAGGUGCCAGAGAUUUGGGAGGAGAGAAACCCAAGAAAGGCCACCUGCAAUAGCUCUGAAUGGAGCAAGCCACUGGAUCAGGGUGCUGGAGGAGGAGACGACAGGCCGGAUCCUGGCUGUGGGGGACCUGAAGGCUCUCCUGGGAAAGGUUGUGGGGAUGGAAACAAUGCUGGACAUAUUUGAGCAGGCUGGCUUUGACAGAAACCAUGCGCAGUCUCCAGCAGUGGACGGUGGGCUGUUUGAUAACGUGCGUGGGGUUGUUUGGACUGCUCUGCGAGCCCUGUAUCUCGCACGACUGGACAUGGCGGCCUUAACGGGACCGCCGUUAAAAGACAAUGAACCACCGGCGACAUACAUCCACAUGCAGUUGCGCAGGUGGAGAUUGUUAACUAAAAGGGACGUACGGGCAGAUCCCAUAAUGACCACCCUCUUCCGCAAAGCCAUCCAGGAGGGGAUGUCACCGGAAGUGGGGCGCCGCCUCGAUGAGGUAGUGGGACUGAACACCAUGACACACAGAGAGUUUGUGGAUCACGUGGUGCACGCUGUGGACAGGCAGCGGAAAGAAGGGAAAAAGCUGGAAGAUCAAACAAAAGACAUUCAAAGGAAGCUACUGCAGUUGCAGCUGGAGGAGCUGAGAGCCAAAGAAAAAAAGGCGAGAGAAAUAACGGAGCUGAGAGCCAAAGAAAAAGAGGCGGAAAAAGUGACAUCUGUGAAAAUACAGUAUAUGGACAAUGAAUUCUUUAACUUCGAAGCCACCCCCCCGCCUGAACCAUGGAGCAGCCGGAUGGUGCCCCGGCCGACGGUGGUCUACGACUUCUCCGGCAUCCCUCACCCAGUGGCCAUGCAAGGUAAUAUGAAAGGGGGGGGCACCCAAUGGGUAUCAAAGGGGGGGAGGGCCAGGGAAUGGUGGUCAAAAUAAUCAGUGGAAAGGGCAGCUGAAUCAGAAGAACAACAUGCAAAAUAGAAAUUGGAACCAACAGAAUUUUUAUGUUUCAGGGGGAACGUGCGGCCCCACACAUAACGUUAAAAGUCAAUCCAGGGUACCAAGCUCAGGACCUAGGACCUAUGGUUAAGAGAGCAGAAGAGCUCCAGUUCAGGCCAACAGAAAAUUCUUUAAUUUGGUGCACAGCAAAUCAAACAAUGAUCAAAAUUAUGGUAAAUGCGCAGAUGUGGGGAAAGCCCCAAAUGGUGAGGGUACCGUGGGAAGAGGGUACAAAACGAGAAAUCUCAAAAGUGUGGUGUUGCAAUAUGUUGAUGACUUAUUACUAUGUGCAGAUACAAAAGGACAGUACAUAAGGGGGGCAAAAGGGGGGACACAAGGUGUCCAGGAAGAAGCUGCAGCUCUGCUCUCAGAAGACGGGGAGAGCGGAGGGACUGCGGGCGCUGACACCAGCCCAGGGAGCAACAGCACCAACAGUGCCCCUGCAGGUCCAGUGCGAGAAUCACAGGCCGGCUUUCCAGUGGAGUGACGCGCAGACCGCGUACUCUGGAUUGGAAGAUAUACCAGGAGCCCACCAACUACGAGGACUGCAGCAACACAUCGUGCUACGAAUCAACGUGUUAAGAAAUUGUGUAUAAUAACUUUGUUGGGUCAUUUAGAAUAAUAUAUACAGCUUUGAUAUGUAUAAUCAAUUUUUUGCGACUAGAGAGAGUGUUGGAGGAACCAUGGGAACAACGUUACAUUAAGGAAUCUGAUACAUUUGGAUGCUGCUAUGGCAGCAGGGGAUGCGCAGGCACCCAACAUAAUAUACAUGGGGUGGUGCACACCCGACACUGACUGACGCUGAGAAUAAGAAUACAGCGAGGGGUGUUUUUCGGGGCCAUGAGGUUUGACCCCGAAAGGGGGGAAUGUAGGAGAAUUUUGAGACUCCCCAUGAGUGUGAUGACGUCACAUGUUAAAGUU